AUGUUAUUUUCUCUUCCAUUCAUUCGCUUUGCAACUGCAAACGCAACUAUUGAUGGAUGCGAUACAUUUGAAUACUUAAGAAAUCAAACAAACUCAAAGAAAUAUGAAAUUCCUGUUAAUGGUAAAGUUUGCCUUGAAGGUCCAUAUCUUAUAGCCGGUCUUUCUAACUAUACUGUCGCAGCAAAAUUUUCAACUGAUCAAAAAUCAUAUAGAGAUGUAAUAAAUUAUGAUAAUCCUUUCAUCAUUAAUCUUAAGGUUAAUUUUUCUCAACUUCAGGCACAACAUCCACUUAAUCCAUUAACUAAAGUUGAGUGCAAAGACAAAACCCAAACAUGCAAAAUUCAAAUAGUUCCAAUAAUACCAAAUGUGGAGGCUAAAGGUCCUGAUACUAUUGAGGAAAUACCUGCAAAUAUGAAUUACAUUUCAUCAUCAGUAUUUUCUACAAAGAAUACCUUCACAAUGGAACUUCCUGCUAAACUCAAACUUGACGCCGAACUUCAAGGAGACAAUCAACCUCCUAAAAGCAUGACUUGUAAUGGUAAUGUGAAAGCACUUUAUAUGAUGGGAAAUUCUUUAAAGAAUGUCACAUAUACUAUUUCUGAUGCACAAUAUUCAUUCCCAAUUAUCGCCGACUCAGUUGAAGCUCAAGCCUCACCUGUAAAUGCUAAAUCAGUAUUCUUCAUCAGUGCUCCAAUUAGCAUCAUUAAUUAUACGAAGACAAAGAUGAAAUCCAAUGCUAGAAAGUCACAAAAAAGGAUGACAGUCGAGAUUGAUUCUACUAUAACAGUUACAGUUCAACCAGCAGCAGAAUCAUCUGCAGACGGAGAAGACCAAGAGAGCUAUUUCAAAGAAGAUAAAGAAUACGAUCUAACUGGCAAGGGAACAGGUGCACAGACAGAAGAACAGGCAGCUAACAAUGAGGCGAUUGACCUCGAUGCUGAUCCAAAUGCACCAAAAGAAGAGUCAAAGCAAAAAGAGGGUAGUGGUGGUCUUUCAGGCGGUGCUAUUUCUGGUAUUGUCAUUGCUGUUAUUGCCGUCAUCGUUAUUAUUGUUAUCCUUGUUUGGUGCUUCGUUUGCAGAGGCAAUGGUGCAAAAGGAAAAGUUACAUUUUCUGGUAAGAACGAAGAUUCUGGUUCCGGCGUUAACGUUUAA